UCACCCAGCACACAGCGCCGUCGGACUGUGAACGCGCGAACCAGGCUCGCGCCCCGCUCGCUCCCGUCUUUGUAUUUUAACGUGGACGAGCCGGGCCUCGAGACCGGAAGUGAACGUCUAUGACACGGGAACGGGCCGGGAAGGCAGAGUGACGCGCACCAUGUCACGGGCUCCUUCCUAAAGGCUCCCUCGCUGCUCUUCCAGGAGGAUGGUCUCUACGACCCAAGGCAGCAGUGCGGAACUGGAAAGGGUGGCGUGGCGUUAAAUGGAGUCGGAGCAGCUCUUCAACAGAGGCUACGGCAGGAGCAGCUACAACAGCAUCGCCAGCGGGAGCAGCGACGAGGAGCUCCUGGACGGGGCCGGCGUCAUCAUGGACUUCCGCACCACGGACGAUGACAGCCUGCUGGACGGGGACGCCUCCCCAGGAAAUAACUACAACAUGGUAAAUGGGGGCAAUACGCCCAGCAGCUCCACCCACCUGCUGGACCUGCUGGACGAGCCAAUCCCAGGUGUGGGCACCUACGACGACUUCCACACCAUCGACUGGGUGCGCGAGAAGUGCAAGGACCGAGAGCGCCAUCGCAAGAUCAACAGCAAGAAGAAAGAGUCGGCGUGGGAGUUUGUCAAGAGCCUGUAUGACGCCUGGUCGGGCUGGCUGGUGGUGACCCUGACCGGGCUGGCCGCUGGUGCCUUGGCGGGCCUGAUCGACAUCGCGGCCGACUGGAUGAACGACCUGAAAGAGGGCGUGUGCCUGAGCUCUCUGUGGUUCAACCAUGAGCAGUGCUGCUGGGCCUCCAACGAGACCACGUUUGCCGAGCGGGACAAGUGCCCCCAGUGGAAAACCUGGGCCGAGCUGAUCCUGGGUCAGGCUGAGGGCCCCGGAUCCUACAUCAUGAACUACUUCAUGUACACCUUCUGGGCCCUGACCUUCGCCUUUGUGGCGGUGUUGCUGGUCAAGGUGUUUGCCCCCUACGCUUGCGGCUCAGGGAUUCCCGAGAUCAAGACCAUCCUGAGUGGCUUUAUCAUCCGCGGGUACCUGGGAAAGUGGACGCUGAUGAUCAAGACCAUCACACUGGUGCUGGCUGUAGCCUCGGGGCUCAGCCUGGGCAAGGAGGGCCCACUAGUGCACGUGGCCUGCUGCUGCGGCAACAUCUUCUCCUACCUGUUCCCCAAGUAUAGCAAGAACGAGGCCAAGAAGAGAGAGGUCUUGUCUGCGGCGUCAGCAGCCGGGGUAUCUGUGGCUUUUGGUGCCCCCAUAGGUGGUGUGCUCUUCAGCCUGGAGGAGGUCAGCUACUAUUUCCCCCUGAAGACCCUUUGGCGAUCCUUCUUCGCCGCCCUGGUAGCCGCCUUUGUGUUGCGUUCCAUCAACCCAUUUGGCAACAGCCGUCUGGUGCUGUUCUACGUGGAGUACCACACACCAUGGUACCUCUUCGAGCUUGUGCCCUUCAUCCUGCUGGGGGUCUUCGGCGGCCUCUGGGGGGCGCUCUUCAUCCGCGCCAACAUCGCCUGGUGCCGGCGCCGCAAGUCCACCUACCUGGGGAAGUACCCGGUCCUGGAGGUGAUCACAGUGGCGGUGAUUACGGCUCUGCUGGCCUACCCCAACCCGUACACACGGCAGAAUACCAGCGAGCUGGUCAAGGAGCUCUUCACGGACUGCGGCCCGCUCGAGUCCUCGCAGCUCUGCCAGUACCGCAGCCAGGCCAACAGCAGCCGGCCGCUCCUCGAGGACUCCGCGCCCACCAUGCCUGGUGUCUACUCCGCUAUGUGGCAGCUCUGCCUGGCGCUUAUCUUCAAGAUCUUCAUGACCAUCUUCACCUUUGGCCUCAAGGUGCCCUCGGGGCUCUUCAUCCCUAGCAUGGCAAUUGGGGCAAUUGCUGGGCGCAUUGUGGGCAUCACCAUGGAGCAGUUGGCCUACAACCACCACGACUGGUGCGAGGUGGGGGCCGGCUGCAUCACCCCGGGCCUCUAUGCUAUGGUUGGGGCUGCCGCCUGCCUGGGCGGCGUGACACGCAUGACUGUGUCAUUGGUGGUCAUCAUGUUUGAGCUGACGGGGGGCCUGGAGUACAUCGUGCCCCUGAUGGCUGCUGUGAUGACUAGCAAGUGGGUGGGCGAUGCCUUUGGCCGCGAGGGCAUCUAUGAGGCUCACAUCCGGCUCAACGGCUACCCCUUCCUGGACGCCAAGGAAGAGUUCACGCACACCACACUGGCGUCCGAUGUCAUGCGCCCGCGGCAGGACAACCAGCCGCUGGCCGUGCUCACGCAGGACGAUAUGACCGUGAGAGAUCUGCAGAACAUCAUUGUGGAGACCAGCUGCAACGGCUUCCCUGUCAUAGUAUCCAAGGAGUCACAACGGCUGGUGGGCUUUGCGCUGCGCAGGGACAUCAUCAUCGCCAUUGAGAAUGCCCGGCGCAAGCAAGAGGGCAUCAUGUGGAACUCGCGGGUGUAUUUCACCCAGCACACCCCCACCCUGCCAGCCGACAGCCCCCGGCCCCUCAAGUUGCGCAGCAUACUGGACAUGAGCCCCUUCACCGUCACGGACCACACGCCCAUGGAGAUCGUGGUGGAUAUCUUCCGCAAACUGGGCCUGCGCCAGUGCCUGGUCACGCACAACGGGAAUUUGUUGGGAAUCAUCACUAAGAAGAACAUAUUAGAGCAUCUGGAGGCGUCAAAGCGACACGUGGAUCCCCGGACGCCUCCUCGGCAUCGUCACCAAAAAAGACAUCCUGCGUCACAUGGCCCAGAUGGCAAACCUCGACCCCGAGUCGAUCAUGUUCAACUAGUCCCCGCCCUCCUUGAUGGGCUGGAGAAUGAGGAGGAGGUGUGCCUGCUGGAUGGCUCUGAUCUCUGACGCGAGGACCGCCCCCCCCCCCCCCCCCCACCCUGACGCACCCCUAGGAGCCGCCUAGUGGAGAGAAUGCGCCACUGCUGGCGACGGCCAUGGCUGCCAAAGAUGCUGCGCUACUCUAGGCCUCCGGAAAUCGACACUCACCCUCUCCUCAUCCCGUCCUACCUUCCGGCACCCGACACCCUCCCUCUCACCCCAGCCCUCGGCCAGCCGUGGACCACCAGCCCCCAAGGGUUCAUCUUGGGAUGCUGCCUGAGUGGGGGGGGGGCUGUCCCUCCACCGCUUUGAACGUGAAACAUUUACAUUCCAGCCAGGCUGUCAAGGAAAGCGCCAGAAACGCGUCCCCCUCUCCCCCGCCAGGUCACAGUGGCCCUUUUCUCAUGUCGAGAUCCCAUUCCUGAAACGACUCUGCGUGGUUGCGUGCAAACAGGGGCCGUUCCAACUGGGUACACGUGUCUGUUGUAAUAUAGAGACAUAGGGGAGCUUACUCAUCACUGUAAAAAGAUCUAACAUCAUCCAGGAGUGAAUGUGAAUGUGGAUCUCACCCAGCAGGGGGAGCUAGUGUGCGUGCCUGCUGGAGAUUUGUGUACAGUACCUGUGCAUACCUUUGAUCUGAGCCAAGUGGCGGACGUGGUGUAGAACCACAGAGGAGAGUGCAGUCCUUCGCUGAGAAUGGGCUCCAGGGCUCCACCUGCCUGUCAACCACCAGUGAAGUGUGAAGCUUGUGCAAGCGGAGUCCCUCUGUGCGUUGCGUUCCUGCUACAUUGUGUUUAUUUUUUAAACGUCUCUUAUGGCUGAUACUACUUCUAGUCGUGUCAAUUAUAUGUAUAAACUAGUAACUUCUUACUGCUUAAUUUCAAAACAAAGACUGGAACAUUGAAAUCGUUACCUUUUUCAGAGAUCUCUUCCUUUAGGUUUUCUUGAAGUGUCUUAGUAAUUUGAAGCAGGACGAUGCUUAUGAUGAUUACUGAAAACACCCUCACAGUGAACUGGAUUUUCUUUGACGGUUUUGAGGGACUUCAAGUGAUUUCAUAGUCACCAACCACUUCAGUAAUCAGACAGGGAUAACGGUCCUGGAUAUUAACCCCCCCCUCCCCUCUCCCUCCAUUCCAUAACCUUCCUGUUUGAGGCAUGAUGCAGUGAGGAAUCCCCCCCUCCAGAUCAGCAGACCAUGCAUCUGUAAUUCCUUCAUUACCAUCCUGUGGCCAGUUGCAGACUUCAGCAUAUGAACUGGUCCCAGAACUGAAUGCCAUCCUUGGCUUGCGCUUUUCAAUUUCUUUUUCUCAUGGCAUUUAGUUUCCUUUUAUGUCCCUCCCUGCCUGCCGUAGAACACAAAUUUCCAGCCCCCUUGGCUCCAUUACUGCAUUACAGCAUUGUAUUUUCCCCCAUCUUGCUUCCCUUCAUUCCACUGUUGUUAUAGCGACAUGCAUAGCACUUUACCUGCUAACAAGAGCUGAAAGAGUGUGUAUGUGGGUAAGUGUGUGUGAGGUGCGGGGGGGGGGGGGGGGGUCGGUGUUUGCCGCGUUCUUUGUAUAACAGUGACUGUACUGCUGUUGGUUAAUGAAGAAUGCAUUGUCUUCGUUAACGUGGUGUUGCCUAACACUAUUUAAUACCAAUCGAUGUUUUUUCCUUUUUUAAUUUAUAUUAGCAUUGAGUUGUACAUUAUGAAGAAUUUUGUGUAUGAUUACGUCGAUGGUUUAAUUGUACAUUUGAAAAAAAUGCUGUAAAAAUAAAUUUUGUUUUAAAAUCAA